AUGAGUGAGCUUUGUAAGCCCGAGGAAGACCAUCAGGACCCAAGGGAGAACCAGGAACUGGUGGCAGUGCAGCUGUUCAGCUCUGAGGGGGAGGAAGAGGCUGUGUCUCCCUCCCUCCCAGUCCUAUUCCAAGAGAGCCUACAGGAGGCAGCUACUGCUGAAACACCAAGUCCUCCUCAGGGUGCCUGCCUUCCCCCCACUGCUAUGGCAGCCUCUCCAUGUAGCCAACCUGAAGAUGAGAGCUCCAGCAGCCCAGAUAAGGAGGGGCCAAGCAUCAGGUUGGGCUCUGAAGAGGCUGUGUCCACUCUCCAAGGCGCCCUAUGUUUGAAGAAGGCUUACCUGGUGGCAUUCCUGCUCCUGAAGUAUUGCGCCAAAGAGCCAACCACAAAGGCAGAAAUGCUGAGUAUGGUCAUCAAAGUGCACCAGGGCCACUUCCCUGAGAUCUUCGAGGCAGCUUCUGAGUGCAUGCAGCUGGUCUUUGGCAUUGAUGUGAAGGAAGUGGACCCCAGAACCCACACCUAUGUCCUGGUCACCACCUUGGGCCUCACCUAUGAUGGGAUGGUGGGCGAUGGGCACAGGUUUCCCAACACUGGCCUCCUAGUCACAGUUCUGUGGCUGAUUGCCGCAGAGGGUGACUGUGCCUCUGAGGAGGAAAUCUGGAAAGCCCUGCAUGUCAGGGGGGUGCAUGAUGGGAAGGAGCAUUGUAUCUAUGGGGAGCCUAGAGAGCUCCUCACCAAAGUUUGGGUGCAGGAACAAUACCUGGAGUACCGGCAGGUGCCCAAUAGCCAGCCUGCUCGCUAUGAGUUCCUGUGGGGACCCAGGGCCCACGCUGAGACCACCAAGUUCAAAGUCCUGGAGUUUCUGGCCCAGAUCAACGGGAGUGACCCCAGAUCCUUCCCACACUGGUAUGAGGAGGCUUUGAGAGAGGAGGAGCAGAGAGCCCGGGCCAGAAUUAGCACCACAGAUGAUCCUAGUGCCAUGGCCAGUGCAGGCUCUUCUGCCAAGUCCAGUCGCUUCUUCUGCACUCAGUGA